AUGCAGCAGCUGCCUCCGGAAACCGUCCGUUUACACAAGUCCCAAGUGAUCACCUCUAUGCUGAAUGUAGUGAAAGAGUUAGUGGAGAAUUCAUUGGAUGCCGGUGCAUCAAGAAUUGAAGUGAAUCUGGAUGAUUAUGGUUUUGACCGAAUUGAGUUGAUAGACAAUGGCAUUGGAAUUGAAGCAGCUGAUGAAGCAACCCAUGUUAUUGCUGUUAAACACUACACUUCAAAAAUCAGCAGCCAUGAUGACUUGGAAUCCUUAGAGACGUAUGGAUUCCGCGGUGAAUUAUUGUGCACUGUAUCUGAGGUAAUAAUUAUUAUAAAGACUGCCUCUGAUGACGUUAGUACUCAGUACACCUUAGACUUUACUGGAAAUGUAGUCUCUCAAAAGCCUUCUCAUCUGGGUCAAGAGUGCAAUAACAGUGCUUCGGUUAUUGCAAUAAGAAUCCCAAAGAAUGAUUACGAACAAAGGAAAUUUGGAGCUACUUACACUUUUAUAAAAUCACUGGCAAUUGUUUGGCAGAAAGCCAGGGUGUCAGAUCACAAAAUGGCCCUCGUGUCCGUGCUUGGAACUGCCUUGAUGAGCAGCAUGCUACGUUUCCAACACCAUCAGAUGGAUCCAGAAGUUACUCUUAAUGGAUUUCUUCCAAAACCAGGUUCUGACAACACUUUGACAAGCUCAAGCAGCUCUGACAAAACUUUCAUUUUCACGAAUCAAAGACCGGUUCAUCUAAAAGAAGUACUGAAGCUGGUCCGACAGUUCUAUAGCUUGCAGUCCUGCCGACAAUCUUCACAUUCCCGGUGUCCUGUGUUGUUUAUGAACAUUGUUGUUCCUGCUGCUUCAGCUGAUAUUAAAGUAAUGCUUCAGAACAAGGAAAACAUUCUAUCUGCUGUUGAGACCAUCUUAAUUUCAAUGUGUGGUGCACUGCCUGGUUCAGUGCUUACAGAUGUCAGCAAAAGAGAUGUUCCUAUAUGUGUGAAUCAAACCGAUUCACCUGACAGCAGGGUCCUCACAGGUGACAGUGCAUUACUAACGCUAAAUAAGGAAGGAAAACACCAGUGUCCUACUUUCUGAGCCGCCGUAUCGUUCGACAAAACCAUGCCAACCGAGCCACUGGAAAGCACAUCAUCAUCAGAAGGCAACUGCCAAAUCAUCAAGAACGCCUGCGAGUUUGGUGUGACUUUCACACUUGAUGAUGAGAGGAUAUUUAUGGACACCCAGCAGGGCAAUGGGUUAAAAAGUGCAGGUGAAAAUGGCCUGCAGAAGAAACCAGGAGUUGUGAUGGACACAAAGACUGAUGGUACUAAAGACUUCUCUGAAAUGACUGCCGAAAGCUGGAGCAUGGGUCACACAUUGAAAGAUUCCAACACAGGAGAGAAACUAGAACCUGUGAAAGUCUUUGUGCCUCAUGAAAAGACAUUUGCAAACCAGAAUGAAAUCAACCUGCAGAGUUCAGUCAAGUCCAAACAAUAGCCCAUGCAAAAAGCUGUCCACGCAGUGACUGAGAAAAUGGCAAAGGUUACAGCCUACGACUUGAUCAGCAACCAAACUGUGAGGCAGCCGAUGUCGGCCAGUGCAAUAUUCAGGCAAGAAAUGCGACCAAGGAUCCUAGAAGAGAAUCCAAAGGCCAGUCUGCAGGAGAUUACCAGCAGUGUUGAAGAUCUGUGGAAAAAUCUGAGCGAAGAGGAGAAAAAGAAGUGGCUCAACCGCUGAAAGACACUUGGAAGUUGCGGCGAUGUCUGACUGUGUGCCUUACUACAGUACAUCAGAUUUAAUGGAAAAUUUAAAUGCUGUUUUGAAACGUGCAACAGUGCAGACUGCUUAAAGUAAAAAAUUACCUUCAGGUAAGGAAUUGAAGAUAUUUGUUCCAAGCAACACGAGAGUGGCCCAUAGAGCAACCAAACAUGUAGUUUGUUAUCAAAAUGUAAAUCAGAUUAAUUUGUGGUUUUGACAAAGCGCCUGUGUACAGCAAUAUAGUACUGUAUAAACACAGUUUAGAGUAUUACCAUGAACAUUUGAAUUGAUGAAUUUGUCUUUAUUUAGUGAAUUUAAAUGGAUACUGGCACUGUCACACACUGAGUUUUUUGGUCCUGGGGACCUUUAAUAUGCAAUA